AUGCCCGUAACAAAAAUCCCCCACCCAUCCUCCUCUUCCACCUCCACCUCCACCACACCCGCCCCCAAACCAGCCUUCUUCUGGCAGCCCCGCGACGGCAACGGUUACCUCUGCCAAUGGUACUGGUCCAAGUUCACCCUCGACAACGAAACCUACGUCACAACCGAAAUGUGGAUGAUGGUGCACAAAGCGCGUUGUUUUGGCGAUGAAGAUAUCGCAAAACAGAUGCUUGAGACCACAGAUCCGAAGACGCAUAAAGAGCUGGGGCGGAUGGAAAGCUGGAGAUUGUAA